AUGGAUCAGCAAGCGCGUGAAGUUCGACAUCUUCUCUUUCAGUUCUACCUGAAAGAAUGCCGCCCCCCCACCGUCAUGGAGCUCGCCGAGCAGUCUGGGCUGGGGACUUCCGAGGUCCAACACAUUCUGGAUCAACUCGAGGAAAUGCAUCAUAUUGUUCAAUACAAGCAUAGUGGACGGUCUCCCACGCCUAUUGCCAUGGCUCACCCAUUCUCGCAUCUCCCCACCCCCUUCGUGGUGAGACAGGGUAGCCGGAGCUGGUGGGCCAACUGCAUCUGGUGUGCUUUUGGGCUGGCGGCAAUGUUGGCGCCCUUGAAAACUACGAUUACCACUCGCUCGGGCUCGAUUGGGGCUGAGUUGCACUUCACUAUUGAAGAUGAUAAAGUGACUUGUGCAGAGGAUAACAAAGAGAUCAACAUCUGUGAUUGUCACGCUCACUUUUCCAUUCCACCCGCCAAGUGGUGGAAAGACGUUCGGUUUGCCUGUGGCACCAUCCAGGUUUUCGGGUCGAAAGAACAGGCCUUGGAGUGGCCGCAGAAACAUGGAUUCUAUUCGGGCGAGGUCAUGACAGUGGAGACAUUGUGGCGCCUGUCGAAGGCGUGGUACCACGACAAGCAUACGUAUGAAUAUGAUCGAAAGUCUGCACCCGAAGUCGAGGCGUUGUUUAAUGAGCUUGGAAUGACGGCGGAGUUCUGGCAAUCGCAACCUUAA